GGCUCACAGGACUCUUCGUGCAGUGUGCAUCUGGCAGUUGUCGCCAUCAUAUUGAGCUAAACAUCAAGCUAGCCUGUAAGUCAAGGAUAUAAAGUUAAUGACAUCAUUAACGCAUCUCUAUGUUCCUGUUAUGAUGUUGUUAUCCGGACCAGGACUGGCGCGGUUGUAACAUUGUGUAGUUUAACGUCACUCUCACGCUAGCAGAGGCUAGUUUUCAGCGCACACAUUAGCCGGAGUCUUGAGAAGCAGCGAGGGGCGGAAGGCUGCGACGAGAUAGCAGCUAACUAGCUAGCAGCUAACUAGCUAGCAGCUAGCUGGCUGCCAAGCAAAACACCGAGCUACACAUAUCCACGUUAAAGUGGAGAAAGCGAGUUUGAUGCUCGCCGGUUUCUGGCGCAUUUCAAGUCGGCAACGCACCUUAGCCAAGGAGCUAACAGCGGCACGCAGCUAGCUGCGACUCUGCUGAGAAACGGAGGGUUUGUAGCUGACAAAGCUAACACAACACGACGCUGGGGAUUGGUCUGCUAAACUGGAGCUGGCAUCGUCACAUCUCCCGUCUCUGAAACCUGGCUGUUGGGCUGGACAACCAAGAAGAUGUCUGAGGGAGAGAACAAGCAGGCCUCAGACACUGCCCAGGAAGUGAAGGCAGAAUCCAUUGCAGCUGCACCCACGGGUCAAACAGUGUCAUCCGUGUCCCCCCCUGUCUCCAUGGUGACCCAGCCUCCAGCUACGGCUGCCACAGAGGAUGAGGAAGAGGAGAGCGAGGAUGAGUCUGAGAUUUUGGAGGAAAGCCCUUGUGGACGUUGGCAGAAACGCAGAGAAGAGGUGAAUCAGCGCAACGUCCCUGGGAUCGAUAAUGCAUACUUGGCCAUGGACACUGAGGAAGGAGUUGAGGUGGUGUGGAAUGAAGUCAUGUUCUCAGAGAGGAAGAAUUUCAAACUACAGGAGGAAAAAGUCAAAGCAGUUUUUGACAAUCUGAUCCAGCUGGAGCAUUUGAACAUUGUGAAGUUCCACAAGUACUGGGCAGAUGUCAAAGAGAACAGAGCGAGGGUCAUAUUCAUCACCGAGUACAUGUCCUCAGGAAGUCUCAAACAGUUUUUGAAAAAGACGAAGAAAAACCACAAGACCAUGAAUGAAAAGGCCUGGAAGCGCUGGUGCACACAAAUACUCUCUGCUCUCAGCUACCUGCACUCAUGUGAACCUGCCAUCAUUCAUGGCAACUUAACCUGUGACACCAUCUUCAUCCAGCACAACGGCCUCAUCAAGAUUGGCUCAGUUGCUCCAGACACCAUCAAUAACCAUGUGAAAACCUGCCGGGAAGAGCAGAAGAGCCUUCACUUUUUUGCUCCAGAAUAUGGAGCUGUUGCCAAUGUUACCACAGCUGUGGAUAUCUAUUCCUUUGGAAUGUGCGCAUUAGAGAUGGCCGUGUUGGAAAUCCAGAGUAAUGGAGAUUCGUCUUAUGUGUCCCAAGAAGCCAUAAACAGUGCCAUUCAGUCCCUAGAGGACCCAUUGCAGCGGGAAUUUAUCCAGAAGUGUCUGGAGGUAGACCCCUGUAAGCGACCCACAGCUAAGGAGCUGUUGUUUCACCAGGCCUUGUUUGAGGUGCCCUUACUCAAGCUGCUGGCUGCACACUGCAUCGUCAGCCACCAACAUAUGAUUCCAGAAAAUGCUUUAGAAGAGAUGACAAAGAACAUGGACCCUAACUUGGUGAUUGUUGAGGCCAAGGACGGAGUUCAGAUGAAGCUCUCUCAGUUUCCUGCCCUAGAGCUGGACAAGUUCCUGGAAGAUGUGAGGAAUGGCAUCUAUCCUCUAACUGCAUUUGGCGUACCGUGUCCACAACAACCUCAGCAGGAGGCAGUGAAGUCGCCCAUAGUGCCCCCAUCAGUGAAAACCCCGACUCCUGAACCUGCAGAACUCGAGACCAGGAAGGUCCUUCAGAUGCAGUGCAAUAUUGAGCCUGUUGAUGAGGGAUCCAAGCAUCAUCUGACCUUGUUGUUGAAACUUGAGGAUAAAUUGAACAGACACUUAAGCUGUGAUUUGUUACCAAAUGAGAACGUGCAGGAGCUGGCUGUGGAGCUUGUUCAGCUGGGAUUCAUCAGUGAGGGCGAUCAACCACGACUUGCAUCGGUUCUUGAAGAGGCCUUUUCAAAGUUCUACAGCCGGAAUGGUUCUCUCAAUCCGGUGACCGUUUCCUCGUAGCGGAGGACUCCGUAGGCCUUCUGUCAGCCCUCCUCCUCCUCUACAAAAGGACUAGCUUUUUUCUCCACCCCUGGUUUGCAGGAAAGCUUUGUGAGGACAGAGGAGGGAAGCCUUGGUCUGGUUGCAGAUCCUGCAGCCUGUUUAUCUUCUGGUGGGAAAAGCUGCCACUAAGUGGUUGUCGCUUUGAAUCUUCUUUUUUUUUUUCUUUUUUUUUUUUCUCCCACCCAAUACAGCCAUCUGCUUCUCUUUUUAAGAGAAAUCCUAGUUGCAACUUAAAGGAAAAUACAAAUGUUUUCACUUUGUUGGCACUUAUUUCUUUCAGCUUUCAAAUUGUGAAGAAAGAGGUAAGCUACAUUAAACUGGAUGACAGCAGUAUUUUCCUUAAGUCAGUAUUAAAACUGUAUUUUAAACAUUUUUACUUAAAACUGUUCAAUAGUUGUCUGUAUAAAAAAGAAAUCGUUGUCCCGGCAUACUGAAGUGUAUAUAUUAUGGUGUUGUAAGGUUAGGUCUGGUUUUCUGGUCCCUUAAACUUUCUCUUCAGCAGCGAGUGGGGCUUCUUCCUACCUUGUAUCGGCUUUCGAAGACUCUCUAACUGCAUCAAGCUAGUAAUGCAACAGUUGCAAUGUCACUUUUACUUCAAAAUUCUGUAAUUAUACAAAGCAGUCAUGAAAUAUGCAGCUGCAACACAAUUUGAAGAGUUGUAGCUUAAAUCUAACUAUUUAUUUGUGUAUUUUUCUUGUGAGUAAUGUAAUCCACUUCCAGCACUGAGGCCGGUGGUUGUUUGAAUGUAUACUUUAAUUUGCUAUCUUUCUUUAAAUCGUUAUUUUGCUACAAAAAGAGGGUGUCAUCACUUGACUGUGGUCCAACUACUACUUUAGUUUCUGUUUUCCAAGCAGCCCAUCACAGCACUUAUCGAUCAGGUCUAGAUUAAUCAAAAGUUGUCUUUACGUGACAUUUCACAAAGGAGAGGUUGGUUAGAUUUAUGUGAAGACGUUUUGCGUUGAAGCACAUGAUCUGGUUUUCAAGAGGUUUAGUAAAUGCAUGUUUGCUUUUCUGUGUCUAAAUGGAAACUGAUGCAUGCAACAAGCAUUGCUUCUGGAGUUGGUUCAUUCUCAGUUUAACAGCGAUGGUUAUAGAGUUAUGCAAUUAAUAAUGCGGAGGACGUUUUGUAAGCUUAGGCCUGUCAACAUUAGGUUGUGUGACUCUUGAGUCAUUUGUGCUUUUCAUGGCCGAGGUAUUCUGUGUUACACCAGACCUAUAACUUUGUCCUCGCCAUGUAGAUAUUGGCUUAUACCCCCCCUUCAAUGUUAACUGUUUGUGACACAUUUUUUUGUCAGGGUCUGUAGAUACUUUGAGAUACAAGUGUGGAACUGCCUGGCAUGCUUGUUACCAUCUUGUACAGUGUAUGCUGGACACAGUGCUCUGUUUCUGCAAUGCAUUUACCCUCUUUUUCACUUCCUGAAAUAAAUAUUCACACUUCA